AUGGAGCUACCGGUGCGUAACGCUCAGGCAGACGAUGCCAUGGGGUUGUACGCAACCGGCUUCAACGCCUGGAACCAGCUCACCUUCGACCCAUCCGCAGUCAAGGAUGAGCCGGACGACAUCUUCUCCUUCACAAAGAUCCUAGGGACACAAAAAUUAAACAGAGUAGUAUCCCAGAUGUGCUACACAGCAGCUGCCUAUGAUGGGGGAUUCGUCAUUCUACAUGAGGAUACCUCUGUCUCAACGAUGGGAGAUCCACGCUUUGGGGACUGUCUAGGUCGUGAAGUAGAUGAGUCCAGUCCUGCAGAUGUACCCGGCCUCGUUUCAGACCUCAGUGACAUUAGUGAGCCUAUCAAGAAGGUUGCGGCUGGAGGAUACACCCUGGCUGCGUUGACGGAGGGUGGUGGGCUGUACCUCUGGGGUAUGCAAUCACCUGGGUCACAAAGCCGGCACCAGGCUUUUACUGAUCUCAGUGGAAUACCCAACUAUGUAGAGGUCGACGGAGAGAAAGAUGUGCAGGAUAUUGCACUUGGAGAGUCUCACGCCAUUGCUCUGACAACCGACGGUUGCGUUUAUGUCGUGGGUGACAACACAAACGGCCAGCUUGGCCUGGGAAGCGACUCCAAAAGCCCAGUCGAAUCGUGGGUAAAGGUGCCUUUCAUCACUCCCCCAGGCUGGGACAUUGUCGGAGUCGAAGCAGGCCCUAGAUCAUCAUUCAUAGUCACAGCAAAGGCAAAGCCAAAAUAG